AUGGAGAUCAGAAACUCCCGCGGGAGCGAAAGCGACAGCGGCAGGGCGACUGCGGACAUACCUGGAACUUUGAGUACAGCUGUUUAUGAGCACCUGCGAAAGCUGUGCCUGCGCGAAUUCCCUUGUGGCACCGGAAGCUGGAAUAAGUCACGCUUUCGGCCUCAAACAUGGCGGACCUGGAGGGAAUUGGUCCCAAGGGAGGAGGAGACGGUGAGCGCUGGAGAGGAGACAGUAGAGGCCCUGCUGGGCCUGGUGCGGAGCAACCAUUCUCCUUGGGCUAUGCUGAAGGAUUCCAGUGCCGAGGACCGUUUCCUGAGAGAACUGGCCAUCCAGAAUCCACUGAUGAUCAAAGACACUUUCUUCUACUCCUACUUCCGGUCCCUGCGGGUGGUGGACAAGGGGGUGAGUCUGGUGGAUAAAGACCUCUUGAAGUUUCUAAAUCUAGAGGAGUUGGUCCUGAGUGCCAAUAAAAUUGAAGAAAUCGAUGCUAACAAUCUGCCCCCAACAUUGAAGGUGCUGGAGCUGUAUGGCAACUCGAUCACCAGCAUGGCGUGUCUGUGCUCACCCCCACCCCCGAGCCUGCAGCACCUGGGGCUAGGCCACAACAAACUGCUGGGCCCCUUGGAAAGUCUGUAUGUCACCGCCAACAACUGGCCCCAGCUUGUCUCCCUGGACCUGAGCUUCAAUGACUUGACUGACCUGCAGAGUAUGAUCGCUGGCCUCAGUGCCUUGCAGCACCUGAGGCUGCUGGUACUGCAGGGGAACCCACUGGCCCUGGUGCCUUACUACCGCGGCUUUACUGUGGACAGCCUGGCACACCUGUGUGUGCUGGACGACGUCACUGUGUCUCCCAACGAGAAGCACCAGUUCCGGGGGCUCAAUAUUCACGGAGACCUGCUGGCUCGUGAGGCACAGUUUGUGGUGACCAUUGGAAAUGUCAAGGGGGUUAUGGAUACCUCUGUCUUGGACCCAGAGCCAGGACCUGAGGGCCCUUUCAUCAGCUACAGCUAUUACGUGACCUAUGACUUUGUGGAAGACGAGGAUGCUGAAGGGAAUGCAUCUGCCAGCGCACUAACUGAGACACAUCCUGACAGUGUUCUGGCUGAACCUUCCGCUAGCCUUGAACAGCUAGAAGAGGAGGAACAGCAGGAGCAUCCUUUGGUGUCAGAGACCCCGCGCCCAGGCCGCCAGGCCCAGGCCCGCCGCCGUGGCCAGCAGAGGGCUCACCCGGAGUCUCCCGAGGGCAUAUCCAAGGAUAUGUCUGAGUUUAUAGCUGAGGAGAUGAUCCAGAUGGCCGAGGGCUCAGAAGAGUCUGGGAUAACAGAUUUGGUGGGGUCAGAGACGACCGUUUCCAUCCACUCGGCCCCCCUGCCACAGUCAAUCGACUCCUCAGAAGAACUGUCAAAGCUGCGGCCACGGAUAGACCCACGGCUCUUUCCAUCCCCAGGGACAGUCCUCUUCAGCACCGUGCGCAAGCCCUGGACAGAUGUCAUUCCCUGCAACUAUGAGAUGAAGCACACCCUGAAGGAGCUGGUGCGGGUCAAGGCCUUCCUGCUGGCCGGGACCACCGUGACCAUAGUGGAGGAGAAGAUCCUCUCCUGGCCUGUGCUGCCCACUCCUACUGAGAUGCCCUUGCCUGCCAAGAAGGAGAAAGGAGACAAGAAAGAAAAAGGAGACAAGAAAGAAAAAGGAGACAAGAAGGAGAAAGAAAAAAAACAGAAAAAGAAAAAGGAGCCACCCAAGGAGCUGCGCCAGGACCCGCCUGUGCUGAGGGUGCUGGGCAGUGGCCUGGUGUACCUGGAGCCCUUACUGGCAGGGGAGCCAGUAGUGUCCACUGUGUGUAAUUUUGGGGUGAUCCGCACCCUGGAGUCUGACAGGCUGACACAUGCCAGGGAUUCAAAGAAGAUGAAGAAAGUUCCCAAAAAAGAAAAGUCAAAAACGACGACUCUAACCUUCGAAAGCGGGUACCAGCCAGAGCCCCUGACGGUGGAGGUCCAAUUCCAGCUGCACCAGUACCGAUCCAUGGAGGAGGCGUUCCUCAGCCUGGUUGACUAGCGGGAAAAUUAAAGGUUGCUCUGCAGCCGGAGCUUGAGCAUCUGUGUGUGGCGGUUGUCGGGGAAGGGGCGUGACGUGGGCCGCCCAACGGGCGUGGGGAGAAGCGCUGAGGCUCCCACCAACCCGUAGAUGCAUCCACCAGUCUAGAGCCGGU